AUGACCUCCGUGUUCGGGAAGCCCCGCGCGGGUAGCGCGGCGCACAGCGCGCCCCUUGAAGUCAACUUGGCCAUCCUGGGGCGCCGAGGGGCCGGCAAGUCCGCCUUGACAGUGAAGUUUCUGACCAAGAGGUUCAUCAGCGAGUAUGACCCCAACUUGGAGGAUACCUACAGCUCGGAGGAGACUGUGGACCACCAACCCAUCCACCUGAGGGUCAUGGAUACUGCAGACCCGGACACCCCCAGGAACUGCGAACGCUACCUGAACUGGGCUCAUGCCUUCCUGGUGGUGUACAGCGUGGACAGCCGCCAGAGCUUCGAGGGCAGCAGCGGCUACCUGGAGCUGCUGGCCCUGCACGCCAAGGAGACACAGCGUGGCUUCCCCGCCCUGCUGCUGGGCAACAAGCUGGACAUGGCCCAGUACCGGCAGGUCACCCAGGCGGAGGGCGCAGCCCUGGCCGGCAGGUUCGGAUGCCUGUUUUUCGAGGUUUCCGCCUGCCUGGACUUCGAGCAUGUGCAGCACGUCUUCCACGAAGCGGUACGGGAGGCAAGGAGGGAGCUGGAGAAGAACGCCCCAGCCCGGCCCCUCUUCAUCUCGGAGGAGCGGGCGCUGCUCCCUCACCAGGCCCCGCUCACCGCCCGGCACGGGCUGGCCAGCUGCACGCUCAACACUCUGUCCACCGUCAGCCUGAAGGAGAUGCCCGCCGUGGCCCAGGCCAAGCUGGUCACAGUCAAGUCGUCCCGCGCCCAGAGCAAGCGCAAGGCUCCCACCCUGACCCUCCUGAAGGGCUUUAAGAUCUUCUGAACACUCCUCUCCAGGAGCUGGUGGGAACCUGCAAGGGACUGCAGGGCCGGGAGGCUGGCUCAGCGCCUGGCCUUUGGACGACAGCUGAGCCAGCCUCCAGCACCCAGCAGAGCCAUCAG